GCAUGUGCGGCCAAUUGUAAAUCGUAAACAGAGAAAGCAGAGGUAGUGGUCACCCAGAAACGCUAAUGUUUUACUACACUACUGAGUGUAUAUUAACCGCAUGUUCCACCACGGCCAACAGCUUGAUUAUAUGUUAUUUGUUUUCUCUUUGCUAAUGAUGUUAGCGCGAGGAGGAUUCCUGUCCAGAUUCGCAUGGAACGGUUGCCGAAGGUCACUUUCCCUGCUAGCUAACAUUAAAAUGUCAAUAUUUGUAUAAUGUCUGUAGGCAGCCAUGUGUUAUUCAUUGUAAACUAUCGUAAUGUAUUUGGACGGCGAAACUGGAAAGCUAGCGAAUAAAUAAAUGUGACCAGCAUUCUAAUGUUUACGAGUCUCGUGAAGAUCGGUAGCCAAUUGAUGGUUGCAGUAAUCCUUUUCCCACCGCAAACUAAUCCUUCAGAUUAGUACCCAGCCAGUGCCUUGCUGUGAAUUUUCGACAGUUUGCUAGCUAACACUACAGAUGAAGAUAGCUAGCUGGCAUCAGAAUGGACACAAAAUACAAACUGAGUCUCACCUGUUUAAUUGUUCUAUUAUCACUGAUAAUAGGGAUAAUCUCUUCUGCACACGCUUUGACAUGUUUAAGGUUAUUGCUACAAUAUUUUCAUUGAUGGGAUGGUGCAUGUCUGUAUCAAUGCUUUAGCUAGCUAGUUAGCUAACUAUUUACAUUACUGACAUAACGUUAGCUAGUUAACAACCUGUGUGUGUCCUUCUUUCAGGAUGGGGAACUUCACAUCCUUUGGCUCAAGUGGUCCGUCAAGCACAGCAGCGUGUGGCCAGUUUCUACAGGUAAAAAUUCACAUUUUCAUCUCAUAUGAUUCUGUGUGUAUGUUAGUGACUUGGUCUCACAUUGAUUUUAUUUUUCUCUUCAGGAGGUGGUGUCUCAUAACUGCAUUGUCAUAUUCUCCAAGACCACUUGUCCAUAUUGCAAAAUGGCCAAGAAUGUAUUCAAUGAAAUUGGUGCUACAUACAAGGUGAUCGAGCUGGAUGAACACAAUGAUGGAAGAAGACUACAAGAGGCCUUGGCUCAGAUGACCGGUGCCAGAACGGUAUGAAACAACCUCAUGUUUAUGUCAUGACCAAUUUGCAUUCUGCAAUCUAUUUUGCCAUGGUGUUUUACAUUGCUAUGUGCUAAAUUACAUAUCACAUUACAUCUCGCAUAUGUCACCUUAGCUUUAGUAUAACAGAGAAUUCUCUGUAACCCUCAAAGUGAAAAGUAGGUUGUUGAUUGAAUACUGUUCAUGUUUUACCCUAAAUGUAAUAUGUAUGCUACAUAGAUGUACAGUAUGUAUCUGCUGAUUCUACUGCUCCUUCUGACGUUUGACCUGACUGUAUGUUGCUAUCUCGUUGAUGUUGAUAGCAAUAGUUUGUUCUUGUUACUGACUGAUUGCGUUAACACAACUGGUACCAGACCAGUAGGGACAUCGUUCUGAUUAUUAUGAACACACACACAAACAGAACAGCUGAACUGAACUAGUUUACUGAGCACAAUUUAGUGUAAGUUAUUUUAAUGGCAUUACUUUGUUAUUACCUGUGGUUUCAGGUGCCGAGGGUCUUCAUCAAUGGAAACUGCAUUGGAGGAGGCUCUGACACAAAGGAGCUACACCAGAAGGGAAAGCUGCUGCCUCUGAUAGAACAAUGUGCCCCGUGCUGCAUGAAAACUAACUCUGAAGGCUCGGGCAGUGGACAGUUUGAGUCCACCAAAUGACUAACCGUUCUAAUUCUCACUGUAAUUCAUCCUGUAUUUAUCUCAUGUUUGCUCGACUUUGUGUGAUACAUUAUAUGGGUUCUAUGUUGUCUAUUUACCAAGAUGCACACAUCGCCCUUCCUCUACAUUCAGGGAAUGUACAGUAUUUUAAAGAAUUAAACUCCAAUCUUUUCAACAAGGGAGGACUGCACCUAAUUAUUUGCAUGCCUGUGAAGUAAGAGGUACAUUAACUGGUUUAACAUGAUACACUGGUUAAAAUUAAGGUAGUGCUUUGUAAUAAAAGCAGCAAUGUGUUAGUUGUCACAAUGUGUUAUUUAUUAUUUUUUGCGAAG